GCAUGCGUAAAACGAAGACCCUUCCACAUGUCCCUAUUUUGUCGACUGCGUGUUCUGUAAUUUACGUUUUGAGUUUAAUAUUCUUAAAUUGCACGAUGGUGGAUACUGAGCAAAGGAUAACUCCUAAAAUUAAAUUAAAACGCAGAAGUAUAGAAGAAACACUGUCUACCGGAGGGAAAAAGAGGCGGUCUAAUGUAAAAGAUAGGAAAAGGGAAUUGAUGGAGCGGCUGAAGAAGAAACAGAAGUUAAAGAAAAAGAAAAGAGCAUCAAUGUCAGAGGUUGACCAAAUUGAAUGUGAUAUGGAAACAGUUACUGUAGAUCUUAAGGAAGAGCAAAGCAAAAAGCAAACAAAUUUACAUAUACAUGAAAAUAUAAAUAAAGGAGAUGAUCAUGUACACAGCAGUGAUACAGAUGAUGAAGAUGAUGAUGAUAAUGCCCGAAGACUAAAUGAGGAUGAAGAUGUCAAGAAUGACAAUGAGGAGGAAUUUGAUAAAGAGGAUGAAAGAACUGAUGUAACGAAUGAUGAGAAAUUAAAAGCAAAUGAUAUAAAGGAAACUCAUGCAGAACAACAAGUUAUGAAAUUACCUGGAACAAAUACAAUAUUAACAGAUAGCAAAUUCAGCUCAUUACAAGGCCAGGUCUGCGAGUUGACCUUAAAGGGCAUCGCAGAUAUGGGAUUCACACACAUGACAGAAAUUCAGCAUAAAUCCAUACCACACUUACUGGAAGGAAGGGAUUUAUUAGCUUCAGCAAAGACAGGCAGUGGUAAAACAUUAGCAUUUCUCAUCCCAGCCAUUGAACUUAUUUAUAAACUUAAAUUUAUGCCAAGAAAUGGUACCGGUAUUAUAAUUUUAUCACCAACACGCGAGUUAUCGAUGCAAACGUACGGCGUACUGAAAGAACUUCUAGCACACCACUAUCAUACAUUCGGCCUCGUCAUGGGCGGUGCCAAUCGGAAGAUGGAGGCAGAGAAGCUUGGUAAAGGAAUCAACAUCCUUGUAGCAACUCCUGGCCGACUACUCGAUCAUUUACAGAAUACAGCACAAUUCAUGUACAAGAACCUUCAGUGUUUGAUUAUUGAUGAAGCUGAUAGGAUUCUGGAAGUUGGAUUUGAAGAGGAGAUGAAACAGAUAAUCAAAUUGUUACCAAAGAGAAGACAGACCAUGUUGUUCUCAGCCACUCAGACAAGAAAGAUGGAAGACUUGGCACGUAUUUCACUGAAGAAAGAACCAAUUUAUGUUGGGGUCGACGACUCAAAAAACACAGCAACUGUCGACGGUCUGGAACAGGGCUUUGUGAUAUGUCCAUCAGAAAAGCGCUUACUCCUGCUGUUCACAUUUCUAAAGAAGAAUCGCAAGAAGAAAGUGAUGGUGUUCUUCUCAUCAUGCAUGUCUGUUAAAUUUCACCAUGAGUUGUUGAACUACAUUGAUCUGCCAGUCAUGGGGAUACAUGGUAAGCAAAAGCAAAUGAAGAGAACACAGACAUUUUUUAAGUUUUGUAAUGCCACCGAAGGAAUUCUCUUGUGUACUGAUGUAGCUGCCCGUGGUCUGGACAUCCCGCAGGUGGACUGGAUCGUCCAGUACGAUCCUCCAGAUGAUCCUAAGGAGUAUAUACACCGAGUUGGCCGUACAGCCCGUGGAAUUGAUGGUAAAGGUCAUGCUCUUUUGAUCCUACGGCCAGAGGAACUGGGUUUCCUACGAUUCUUGAAACAGUCUAAAGUACCACUCAGUGAAUUUGAGUUCUCGUGGAGUAAAAUUGCCGAUAUUCAGUCGCAGCUGGAGAAGCUUAUGGAGAAGAACUACUUUUUACACAAAUCAUCUGUGGAGGCAUACAAAGGUUAUGUACGUGCAUACGACUCUCACAGUCUGAAGCAAAUAUUUAAUAUUAAUACACUGGAUUUGCAGAAAGUCUCUAAAUCAUUUGGCCUGAAGAUUCCACCUAGUGUCGAUAUUGGUGUGUAUUCAAGUAGGCGUAAUCAGAAGGCCGCUAGACGUCCAGGCUUCAACUUUGCUGCCCUUGGUCAAAAACAAGCAAAAAAGAUGAAGAUUUACAAACACGUGGAAAGGAAAGAUAAACGCCAAUUCUCCAGAUAAGCAGAUUUUGAGAGAAUUUCCAAAUUUUACCGUGGACAGGUGACACCACCAAAUCUGAAUAAUUGUUAUAUCAUAUAAGCACCACCAUGGCCUCUGAAGCCAGUGUUGUUGCCAGGAUAUUCCUUAAAUUUUGGCACCAGUAUUUCUGCAGAAGGAAUGAGGUGAUUGCCAGAAAAGACACAUUAAUUACUAGAGAAUAUGACGUUCCUGUUAGAAAACUUUGCUGAGGAAAUACUUCUCUGAUGAUUUCACUACUGUAUUUUCUGCCAACAGCAUGUAAAAACCAACUCGGAUAGCGUUGUGCGCCAUAGCGCGAAGCAAUUGAUAGUUGGAGACAGUUUUUAGGUUGUUGUGAGAAUAAUUAACAUGUUUAAUAUUCUACGCCAUGGCUGUUUUGACAGAGACCCAUUGUGUCUGCGUUUAACUUGCAUACAGACCUGACGCGACAAGAAAACAUGUCGGGCUGGGUUAUAUAACACUGUCUGAAUUGGCCUUAAUUGAGCAGACUUAAUCCUUUGCAUAUCACUUUUCUGGGAAUGUUUUAACAGUUUAAUUUGGGAUAAAUCUUUGGGGAAACAUCAUCAUGUACGUUUCAUGGGCGACAUGAUGCAUUGAAGCAGACUGUCUAGUUCACUCAUCAUCUGGGAACACAGUUGUUGUAGGGGAAUGUUCUUUGUUUAGGUGACUACCUAUUUGUGGUUGAAGUUAAUAAACUGUAACCAGGAACCAAGUCUGCACUGUUUUAUUUUUUUCCUCCCCAGCAAUAAUGAUUAAGCAUCCCAGAAGGAAGUCUUGGACCCCUAUAUGUGCCUCCACUGCCUGAAGUCAAUCUGUAAUAAUGAUAAUAAUAAUAAGGCUUAGAAAGCUCACAUAUCCACUGUAGUAGUGCUCAAGGUGCAAAAGAAGGAAGAAAUCUUGACCUGCCUUUGAUAAUUUCUAAGGGCUUUACAUAAUUUUAUUGUUGUAAAGUGCAGUUUUUUGAGGCUCAGUUCAAUAAUAAAACUUUUAUUUGUUGCUUAUA